AUGCUGUUCUUUCUCUUCAGCCCGAUUUCAAGUUAUCAAGUCAAGGAGGAUUCUCAGAUGUUAAGACUCUGGAAUCUUGCAGAUGGCAGAGCCCUUGUUUACCAGACAGUUUCCAGGAGAUGCAUUGAAGGUCCAUGCCCAAAGGACGCUCUCAAGCCAGACUAUUAUGCUUAUGUUUUUGAUGGCGCUAAGAAGUUACUAUUUGUUAGUACAUCUGGUAAACUCAAACUUCAGGAUGGAAGAAUUGCUUCUGUUGGAACUGACGGAUAUUUAAGAAUUAUUGACAGCAGUUCUAUUGCUUACACAGAAACACAUUAUGUAACCAAAUAUUAA